AUGGGAUUAUCCUCACCGCAAGCACCGCGCUCGUCACUACCGCCCAGCAGCGCUCCUGUUGCUUCCCAAUCCACGAAUGGCACUCCAAGACGGACAAAUCAAACUGCUGAUGCCCUGGCAUUGGACGAAGCGGAGGAAGUGGGAGAGGAUGAGACCGGGGCGCGUCGAAGAAGACGUCCACGUACUCAGUUGAAUGCAGAUGUCCCGGUGGUGAAGGAUGCAGUCGGAGAAAGCGUGGCAGAGGCUUUUGAGACGUUCCUCAGAACAUACACUGAGGAGGUCGCCUUGCCGCCAACACCUGCAUCGGAUGGAGACGUUCCAGCUUCCUCGGAGAGCGAUCUCAUUUACAUCCAGCAAAUCCAUACCAUGCGAGAGUACGAGCUCACCACUUUAUACGUGGAUUAUGGGCACCUCUUGCAGAAAGACGACGUGCUGGCGGACGCUAUCCAAAAGCAAUACUACCGAUUUCUUCCAUACCUGCGACGUGCUCUCCAUAAUCUCGUCGCUCAAUAUGAGCCCGAGUACCUGAAAAUUAAUCCCACUGCAGCGACUACCGACUCCGCCAACCUGCAAUCCCGUGAAUUCAGUGUGGCGUUCUACCAUCUACCUCUGGUAUCCGGGAUCAGAGAUCUUCGAACAGAUCGGAUCGGCACCCUCAUGAGUAUCAGCGGGACCGUGACCCGGACGAGCGAGGUUAGACCUGAGCUUCUGUACGGGAGCUUCAUAUGCGAAGUCUGCGGUGGCUUAGUGAAUGAGAUCGAGCAGCAAUUCAAAUAUACGGAGCCGAGCCUUUGUCCAAACCCCACUUGUGGCAAUCGAGUAGCGUGGCAAUUGCAGAUUGAUUCGUCGAAAUUCACAGACUGGCAGAAAGUCCGAAUACAGGAGAACCCGUCAGAGAUCCCUACAGGAUCCAUGCCUCGCUCGCUCGACGUGAUCUUACGUGGAGAAUUGGUCGAGCGGGCAAAGGCCGGUGACAAAUGCGUCUUCACGGGUACUUUCAUCGUCGUACCUGACGUCGGACAACUGGGAUUGCCCGGGGGUAACAAAGCUGAGCUUAUGAGGGAGUCAAGUAGAAACGCCAACGCAGCAACGGCAGGAGUUGGCGGUAACGGCGUAACGGGGCUGAAGAGUUUGGGGGUGAGGGAUCUACAGUACAAGACUGCUUUCCUUGCGUGCAUGGCGCACGACGCCGAUGGAAGGGCUGGAACGAAUAUCCGCGGUGAAGAAGACGAGGGUGACGAUGCCGAGGCAUUCGCCAGGUCACUAACCGAGCCGGAGUUCGACGAGCUCAAGCAAAUGCUCGAGUCAGACCACAUAUAUUCGCGUUUGGUCGACAGCAUCGCGCCCACCGUCUACGGGCAUGAGAUAGUGAAGAAGGGUCUCCUCCUGCAAUUGAUGGGGGGAGUACACAAGCAGACUCCCGAAGGCAUGCAUCUGCGUGGCGACAUAAACAUCUGUAUAGUCGGCGAUCCGUCAACUUCAAAAUCGCAAUUCCUUAAGUAUAUUUGCUCCUUCCUGCCUCGUGCAGUCUAUACGUCAGGGAAGGCGUCUUCUGCGGCCGGUCUUACUGCAGCAGUUGUGAAGGACGAAGAGACAGGUGACUUCACAAUCGAAGCUGGUGCAUUGAUGCUCGCCGACAAUGGCAUCUGUGCCAUCGACGAGUUCGACAAGAUGGAUAUCUCGGACCAGAUCGCUAUUCACGAGGCGAUGGAGCAGCAGACCAUCUCCAUAGCAAAGGCCGGUAUCCAUGCAACUCUCAACGCAAGAACAUCCAUCUUAGCUGCAGCAAAUCCUAUUGGUGGUCGCUACGACCGCAAGAAGACGCUGCGCGCCAACCUCGCUAUGACUGCACCUAUUAUGAGUCGGUUUGAUCUAUUCUUCGUGGUGCUCGACGAGUGCAAUGAGGAUAGCGAUUUGAAUAUCGCACAACACAUCGUAAACGUCCAUCGGUAUCAGGAUCAAGCAAUUAAUCCCGAGUUCAGCACGGAAGCACUGCAGAGGUACAUUCGAUACGCACGGACGUUUAAUCCAAAGCUUACCCCUGAGGCAGCAGACGUUCUCGUGGAGAAGUACCGUAUCCUAAGGCAAGAUGAUGCAACGGGAGUAGGCAAAAAUUCAUAUCGCAUCACCGUCCGUCAACUGGAGAGUAUGAUUCGAUUGAGCGAAGCCAUCGCCCGGGCACAUUGCACGAACGAGAUUGUUCCAGCGUUCGUCCGCGAAGCAUUCUCACUCCUCCGACAAUCUAUCAUACACGUCGAACAAGAUGACAUAGACUUCGACGAGGAAGAAUUAGAAGGCGAGCGGGAAGGCGACGGCCGACCGAAAGUCACUGGAGCAGCUGACGAAGAGAGUCAAGACGUUGAGAUGGGCAAUACCGAAACGGAUCAGGAUGGAUUCGCGGAUGCAAUGCCCAACGGUGUGGCAGGAGCAGCUGGCAUCAACGCCAGAGUAUCUGCCUCUCCCGCCCCAGCUGGAGGGGCGCCAGUCAACGGCAUGAAUGGUCAUGCUGCCGAGCCACGGCGUCCAAAGCGUCGUAUGGUCAUCACGCAUGACAAGUAUAUGACCCUACAGAGCCUCAUUGUUCUGCAUCUUUCCUCGGUCGAGCGGGAAACAGGGAAGGGUAUGGACCGCGAUGAGCUCAUCGACUGGUACCUCGAGCUGAAGGAAUCUGAGAUACAAGACAUGGAAGAGCUGGAGUACGAGAGGGAGCUUAUAACGAAGAUGUUACGAAAACUGGUCAAGGACAACUACUUAAUGCAAGUGAGGGGGGAUGUCCAGGAGUCCUUACCGAUGUCGGGGACAGAAGAGACAGGAGCUUCAUCAUCUGCGCAAGAUGAGAAUGUCCGCGUGUAUUAUAUGGUGCAUCCUUCGGUUGAUACAGAGGGAUCUUCAUCGCUUUCAUGAUUUCUGGUCCGCUUCACUGCUAUUCAAGUCUGUAUCUUCUGCUCCCUGUUUCUCAGUGUCCCGGUUUGUAUUAUUGAUAUGAGCAUAGUAGUCGUUCAAGCUAGUCACAGUCGAAGGUCCAUC